CUAGCACUCUGGGAGGCAGAGGUAGACAGACCCCAGUGAGUUCAAGGCCAUCCUGGUCUACAGAGCAAGUCCCAGGACAGCUAGGACUGUUGACACAGAGAAACCCUGUCUUGAGAAACAGUCUUCUCCAGGAAGAGAGGUAGUGCUGGCGCUGAGCCCUGGAACUAAUGUCCUUUGUGAGGUGGCCCUGAGAAUUGGCACCAAGUUCCGUCCUGCUGGGGGAGGGGCAGGCAGAAGCCACAGUAGGGACUGUAUACAGGAGAUGGUUCUCGCCAUGCUGGGGGCUCUGUACCCCAGGGCUGGGCUCAGUCUCUUCCUUUUUUACCUCAUCCUGGCAGGCGCACUCCUUCGACCUCAGCCCCAGAGGUCUCAGCGAUCUGUCCCUGAGGAAUUUUCAGCCCCGCUGGAACUCCUGCAGCCGCUCUCAGACCUAGUGGAUGACUAUGGGAUCAGACCCAAGCACCCGUGGCCACGAGGGCCCCGACCCCUUCUCUCUCAUGCCCAGCAGCGCAAGCGGGACGGGCCCAACAUGGCUGACUAUUACUAUGACGUGAACCUGUGAUGGGAACCCGCAUAAAGCUAUUCUGGGCAGCGAAUGCUUGGCUUGCUAGCCUGUGUGUGACGAGAAGGCCCAGCAGGGGUCCAAGUAAAUACACCCACUGUGAUCCAGAC